AUGUCUAAAGUCCUUACUCCGUACCUGCGCACGCUGGCUAACUCCCCCGAGAAGUUCACGACCGACGACUUAGCCGCCGCUCUGACGCUCGUGUUCCAAGGAAAAACCAACGACGUCGAACUGGCCUCGUUUCUCACUGCAUUCAAGAUCCGUGGCUUUGAGUUCGAUUCUGAGUACAUCGCAACCGCUGUCGAGACCAUUCUUAAGUUUUCCGACAUAAUACCCGGCCACACGGUCGACCCAGACGGAUAUAUCGACGUUGUCGGCACCGGUGGAGAUGGACAGAAUACUUUCAAUGUGUCGACAUCGGCCGCUAUAGUGGGAGCAGGAAUGGGACUCAAGGUGAGCAAGCAUGGCGGUAAGGCAGCAACCUCGUCGUCGGGUUCUGGAGACUUGAUGACGAAUCUCGGCGUCCAGCUACAUAAGGUCGACUCCAAAAGCGUGCCAGCGAUUGUUUCGUCAUCGACGCUGUGUUUCCUAUUCGCUCCAGCGUUCCACCACGGCAUGGCCAAAGUGGCUCCUGUGCGGUCCAGUCUCGGUAUUCCAACAAUCUUCAACAUCUUGGGUCCUUUGCUGAACCCGAUUCCUAUUAGAAGCCGGAUCCUGGGUGUCUACACCGAGUCUCUUGGGAAAAUAUAUUGCGAGGCUGCCGUAAAACUCGACAAGAAAAGUGGGAGAGCUCCAGCAGACACAAUGGUGGUGUUCGGUGAAGUGGUUCUGGACGAAAUAGCACCAAUUGGCUAUACAAAGGUUUGGAAGUAUAAUAAAGAAACAGACAAGAUUGACGAGUUCAGACUCCAUCCAUCGGACUUUGGAUUACCAGAACAUUCUCUCGACGUUGUCAAGUCGGGUACUCCAAAGGAAAACGCAGAAGUGCUCACAAAAAUUCUCACCAACCAAGUGGACCUGUCACCUGGUGCAGAUCCUAUAGUUGACUACAUCCUAAUGAACGCUGGAGCCUUGGCCGUGGUUUCUGGUCUCGCAUCUUCCUGGAAACACGGUGUUGAGCUGGCCAGAGAAAGUAUCAGCUCCGGAGCCGCCAAGAAGGCUCUCGACACAUUCGUGGCCACCGUCAACGACAUAUAG